AUGUCCGCCCUCUCAACGCAGCUCACCACAGCCCUCCAAACGCGCUACUCCCUAACGCCAGCUCCAGCCUAUCUGACGACUUUCCUCUCCAGCACUCGGCAGCCCCUGCCGCCGUUGCCUGCUUUGACAUCCACACUACACUUCCGCAUCCUCGCCUCAGACAUCACCACGUCUCUACUCGCGUCACCGUCGACGACUCUUCCGCCAGGUACCUCUUCUACCUCGACGAAGGAGUUUCGCUUGACGCACGCUGUACCGUGCCAGGUCCUCGACAUCCGCGACCUCGGCAGCUCGAAAUGGAGCCAAGUGGAGGCGAUCGAGCGAGUCGAGCGCGGCGAGGAGGUCAGAGGGCGAGAAGUCAUUAGGACUGUGCCUGGACUGAACGACGAUGGGGAGCAUGACGGGUCAACUACUGGUACUGCUACGAACGGCCACGCCCCUACCAUCGGCACACGUGGUUUGCCCACGCCAGCAGCAACAGCCGCCUCAUCUACUGCUCCCGCCAACAGCGCAGCAACACCAAAACGCUCCCAGGGUCCCCACCAACUCCUCCUAGCCGACGCAGCAGGCACGCAGAUCCGCGCCUUCGAGCACACACAUCCUUUUCCGCGCUUAUUCAUCACAAACGACCCGACAAAUAACAAUGAGGGAAUCAGCAUUGGCGCCAAAAUCCUCCUGCAGCCAAACACGUUGGUGAGGAGGGGGAUGGUCAUGUUGGAUCCACAGACGGUAAAGAUUCUGGGCGGGAAGAUCGAGAGUUGGGAUCGUGCGUGGCGGAGGGGGAGGAAGGAGGGGCUGAUCCGGGGGGUUACAGGCACAAACCCGCCUGUCAGAGCAGGAAGUUGA